GGUUUCCGUCACUAUCGGCAACUGCUCGUGGUCCCUUCCCAUCUUGAACUCGCCUCUCGCGUUUUUUUGACGGUCAGCCUCGGUGAUCUCACGUUCCUUCCUUGCCUUUGCUUCCGCCUUCGCCACCGACUGCUGCUCCUCGUAGUCCAACUCUGCAAUCUUUUGCUCCAACUGCGGUUGUAGUAGAGUCAAAGAACGUCUGGCCUUAACUCUCGCCGGGCGCUUCUUCCCUUAUCUUCGCUCCGAACCUUUCAACCGCGAGCCAGAAUCUUGCGCCCGCCGCUUCGCUCUACUUGCCCGAGGUGUCUGUACAGCCCCCCCAACGUUCUCGCGACGUUGUGUUCCCUCUUCGUAGCCUCUCGCAGCAGCUGGAGAGGAUGGGUUCUCCGUCUGCUGGCCAGCGGCCGGAUGCCGCGGUGACACGGGCGGUGUAUAACCCCCCACUGCCGGGGGGAACAGCACAGGGGGGUGCAGCAAACCACGUCUUCUGUGCCGGUGGAUAUGUGAACUUCAUGGAAAAAACAACCAAGGUUUGGCUGCAUCAUGCCAACCUCAUGUGGGACUGCAAGCACAGCAGUGCACGACACGUUGAAACGCAGCACGCGCGCGCACACGCCGCUGCCAUGAUUAGAAACACUAUUGCGGGGGUAGAUUCUCUGCUACACCGUAGUGCUGCCGCUGCCACCAGUGCGGCUCGACAGGGCGCAUCGUCGAGAGGUCUCGGGGAUCGUCAACAACAUGCCUCAGCAGCAGUAGCGGUUUGCUGGCGAGGUUGUCCAACAAGGAGACUUUGGUCUAGUCAGGAGGCAGAGGAAAAGGAUGGCGCCGGCGAUGCCGCAGCCAACGUCGGCGACUACGCCCCAGACGCAACUGCAACUACCGAGGAGCCCGCCCCACCGAAGCCGCAGCGUACCUUCGUGGUGCGAACGCCCGACUCCUCCUCCUCCCUCAAGGUCAACGUGCCAAGCACGACCGCCGAGGCGAUGGCGAUGAACCUGUCGAUCAGGGAGAACGCCAGGGCGAAGAAGGAGGCGGCGGCGCGCCGGCACGCGGCCACCACAGCGGCCAGAGCAUCGUCGAAGCAACCGGGAGGUGAAGCGCCGGCGGCUUCGGCGUCUGCCCCCCACAGCAGAGGCAGGCCGGCCGAACGGCGGCGGCUGCCGAGCAUGAUGGUGGUGACGCCCAACGCCCGGUCAAAGUCCAUCCAGAUGGAGGUGCCCCUCACGACGGCCGAGUGCAUCGAGCUCAACAGGGCGGUGAAGAAGAGGUACCCGACGCAGCAGCAGGAAGCCGACGAAGACAACAACAACAAUGCCGUCAAUGCCGGCUACGCAAGGAGGUGGCGCAACCCGCCCGCGCCCGGCGUCUGUGUAGGCCAGGGGGCGCAGCAUGCCUACGGAGCAGGCCUGUCUUCUUCCCCCGAGAUCAUAAAGUACGCGGACGUCGAGCAGGGCGCGCGGGAGCCUAGCUACGACAGAACGAUUGGGAACCUGCACAAGGCCAGGAGAUGGGACCAGAUUGUGCGGGUGUGGGAGGAGAUCGAGGAGAGGGAGAAGGGAGGGGUGACGGUGGGUCUUGGAUGGGCCACGUACGAGUGCUUGAUGGACGCCUUCAUUUCCCACACGGACCUGGGGGUAGUGGCCAGGUGCGGGCGCGUGUUCGAUCACCUGGUUGCGAGCGGACAGGGCAUACGGCCAGCGAUAUACAACUUGUACAUGAAGGGGUGUAGCGUGGCCAGGCUCGGGACCCGUGCGGUGGCAUUAAUCGAGGGCCUUGAUCGCUUGCCGGGGAAGAGGUACAAGCCGAACCCGCAGUUUUUCUUCAAUCUCCUGUCGGCGACUUGCGCGGAAGGCAUGGUGGCGGAGAGCAAGUUGUACUACGGGAUCAUGAGGGACAUGGGCUUCGACCCGACCAACAAUACCUUGCAAAAUAUGCUGGACAUGUACAUUCGGGAGGAACGGCUGGUGGACGCGCUGAGGAUGGUCGAAGACACCCACCAAGCCGGGAUGAAGCCGAGGGACGUCCUGAUGAACAAGCUGACGUACUCGUGCAUGCGGCAAGGGGAGCCGGAGCUGAUGCACAAGAUGCUCGACCUCCUUCUGCUGACCGGCAACAUCGUGAACCCGAUGACCGUGAAGAACGUCUUGUACAUGGCCUCCCGCCGGAGGGAUGACGACAUGGCGACCAAGAUGUGGGUCGCCGCGCAACAAUGGGGUCACAGGUUUUGCCAGGCCGAUUACUCGUUCGUGGUGCAGACCUUCUUCGCGGUGGGGAAGGACGACAUGGCCCUCGCCACUCUCGUGCAGGCCUACAAGGAAAAGAUCGAGGUGAACCGCAAGACCCUGACGUUCUGCGCGCAAAGGCUGGCGGUGUCGAACAAGCGGCUAGACCAGGCGUACUACACGCUCACGCUGCUGAAGGAAAACGGAGAGCCGGUUCCGGUGGAAGCCGUCAACGCCAUCAUCGUCGCUUGCGCCAUAAGGCAAGCAGUAGACCGAUGUUUUGCGACGGCCGAAGCUCUCCCUGUGGUGUUCGAGCUAGCACCCAACCUCGACACGUACAACGCGCUGAUGCACGUCCUCGGCGCGAUGAGAGCGCAAGACACGGACAACGCCACGCUCGGCAUCGGCAUGUCUCUCCUAGACCAGAUCGAGAAGGAGGAGGUACAACCGAACCAGGAGACAUUCAUGAGCCUGAUAGAUCUGGCUUGCAUGUCUGACGGACUCACCGAGGACUUCGCGAAUGACCUCGUGGAGCGGAUGACAAGCAAGCACGGCCUCCGUCUCGAGCAGGACAUCGUCGACACACUUGCAAGCGCCUUCGAGGAGAGAGGCAUGGACAGCCUGGCGCAAGCGUGGACAAACAAGAUGCCGUCCCUCGACGCCCCCUCCGAUGAGGCCUUCGACGCAAGCUCCCCGGCGGCGGCCGCCGAGUUGACUUGUGAGCAGGGGAACGCCAGCGGCGGAGUGGUCCGAGCGCGCAGGGUGGCGCAAGACAGAGGCCGGUACACGGGUUUCGACGACGGGCGGUUUAAGGCUAUCCGGGAUUCCACCCGCCGCGGCGAAAAUGCAGGGGGCGGCGUGGGAAGGUUAUCGUACGGAUCCGCCGGCGGCGGUGGCGGCGGAUGGUAUUCAGGAGGAGGUGGAGCGGGAGGUUCGGCUAGAGGAGGGAGGGGCACCAGUGGUGCUACGGCGGGUUCUGGGAGAGAGGAGAGGGUGGGGAAUGGGGGGGAUUCCCCGAGGUAUGGAGGCGGUGGCGGUGGAGGUUGGGCUCAAAGAUAUAACAAGUCCGGAGACGAAAAAUAGCAGCAGUCGAGAGGGUUAUUUUGGCGUGCACGGUGUCGGCGUAACCAGUUUGGCUUUGUUUUGUCGUUUGGAGAGGGAAGGUCAACGUGUUUUAUCUUCGUGCUUCGAUAUCGAACGAACGUGGCUAUUGGAACAUGUUUCAGGGGAGCGUUGUGGCCGCGGCCUUUUAGACCCGUGCGAGAAUCCUGCUGGCAUGCCCACAACACACACAUCAUUGUGUGGUGAUUACCGGUGGUUGAUGCUUUGCGAUUCGCGAUUUUCUCCCCUUUUUCGCGCAUGCAACUGGAUCCGUACACUAAAUAUUUUGACGUCGUGUGAUAUGACCUCCCGUGCAUGUGUAGAAAAAACUUUGCAAGUGACUUCUGGAUAUCGCCCUUGGAAUUCUACUUCUAUACACUACAAACAUUGCGGCAGUUUUGAACUACGACACCCUUGCUUGGUGUUGAAGUUUUGAACUACGACACGCUUGCUUGGUGUUGUGAGACGUGGAAUUGCCAAUAUGUGUUGGGAGCGUUGCCGGGGGGCACGGGGUAUCAGAAGAAUACUUAGUCAAUAACGUCGUCUGUGUGUGUUUUUUCCUAUAUUUAUUAUAGUGACAGUUCCCUCAUUUUCAGCGUAUGUAUCAGCGUAUUUGUCCGUACAACUACAAACAUCCAGCGUUACACAGGAGGGAGGUGAACAGCAGCACUUUUUUAUUCUUUUCAUUUCUUUUCAUGCCCCCACCUUCCCCCUGCGGUGCGUGCCGAGUUUUAUUUUUAUCGCGAGAGGGGUCCAGCCACCCCUUUAGUCGUCAACGGUGCUUACGUCUAAGUUUGGUACUAACGAGAGAUUGUCAGCUAUAUUUCGCUUUCACCCGCACAAGUCGAAAAUUUUCACCCCAUGGAGAGUCGAACCCACUACCUCAGCGACUGAUGGAUUACGAGAAUACUACUAGAAGACCACCGGCGCGACCGGUGUAGGUGGUUUCGAAUUUCACAUUCUUCGCUGUCUAUUUUCUGGUGUCGGACGCCGCGGUCCAUUUUCUUCAGUCACUCGCUCGCGCUGUUGAUGAUCUCGCGCCAACAUGGUCCUUCCUGUGGAUUGACGCAGACGCUGAAUGCCAGCAACAUAUCAACACCAGACGGACAAACAAACAGAAACGGCUAUUCACUUGGUUAGGUUGGA